GUGCAGUAAGUGGAAAAUUUACGUACUUACGGUCGGGUUAACUGGUGAUGGAAAAUAGGAGGACGAGAUCGACCGGCGAAUUGGAAUAGCCAUUGGCUUUUUGUGUGAACGAACCCGAAUCGCUUUGACUAAGGCAGAGCUGAGUCUGAAGACUAAGGUGUCUCUGUUCAUCUUGAAGUCGAUCUUCAUCCCCUUAUUCACCUACGGUGAUAAGUCGUUGGCCAUGACUGAAAAGCUUCGAUAUCGUCACAAGUCGGGUGAAAUUGAUUUCCUCAGAAGAAACGUUGGGCUCACGCUUCUCGACAUGAUCCUGAAUACGGAAAUCCGCGAGAACCUUGGUGUAUAG